AUGUCAGUCGCAUCCGCGUCACCAGAUCAGCCACCAGGCCGUGUCCAAUUCCUCAUUGACUUGCAGCCUGUUGAAGAAGCAACAUGGAAGUUGGUUGCUUCGGGUCUAGUGCAAUUUACUCGCAUCGCAUUCAGUCUAUUUGAACUAGGAGAAUUGCCUAUUGCUUGCCGAGUCAUUUCUGACAAUCAAGUUCAGGACGUAACGACAAUGGCUGAUGUGGCUGUAGACAAGAUUGCUCAGAAUCUCAGGCAUUGUAAAGCGUCAACACGUUCAACCCUGCUUCCAGCUGUCUUGGCCGAAACGAUAUCAUCUCUGGAAGAUCAAUCAUCGCAGGAAGAAGGCGAAACUACAGAGCAUGAUCGACACAAGUUGCUUGUUGUCGUGCUUUUGGGGCAGAGUGUAUCUGAUGUUCAGGGAGUGAUAAAUUUGGUGCUCAACAGCUAUGACAAUGUCAUGCGUGGAGAUGCCUCUGUUACGCAUGUACAUGUGGUAUGUAUCAGUUCGCAGCAAAUUAGUAUUGUGGAUAAGAAGAUUCGAGAUGGCGUCUUCUUAUCAAUACUCUGUAUACCAAUCGAGCACAUUGCUGCUUCUUUUGAGAACUGGACUCAGAGGUGUUUGAGGCUGGUGCAGUUGCGUGUUGCUGGGGUUCCAACAAAAACAAAAGAGACGCAGAUUUCAAAGAAGAGUGAUAUGAUCAUGUACUUUAGGCCAAUAAGUUCACUAGUCUCAAGUAGCAUCGCGCAAGGACAUAUAUGGGAAGAUUCUUCGAUCGCUGAAUAUGUGAUUAGUACUACAUUUGGAAAAUGGCAGCCACAAACCUCAGCAUAUCACACGAGCUCUCCUCGUCGCAUAACACCAGUACGUCCUGACGAAGCCAGGGAUCCAGAAUCACAAGUUACUCGUCUUGUAUUGAAGCGUAUUGUUUCUUCAGACAAGGUGGUUGAAUUGCAUCUUACUUCAGCUGCCAAGGAAAACAAGAUUGGAUCAACUGUAGGAGAUGUGAAGCCUGAUUAUAUCUUACGACAAGUUGAAGGACACAUCGUGUUGGCACGCAUAGUGGUGCUGAAAGGAAUCUCUGAUGAUGGACUGAAGAUGGUUAGACAAGUCCUCGCUACUGCGCCAUCAACAGUCCACCAUCCAAGAUUGUUCAGCCCCCAGAGUAUCCCAUCUGGAUUCUCAUUCACCAUACCGCUCAGAUUCCUCUCACCACCAACAGCCGCCAUAAUACCAUCAUCCAUCGACCCUUCCACAUUCACAUCUAUAGCACCAACAAAAAUGGACUUGUUAACGCGGUACCUGCCCAUAACGAAUUCAGUUCUCUUUGACAACUCUGAAACUGAAGUAGGACGACUCUUGGCGUCGCUCAAGAGGAGCAUAUAUGAUGGAACCGUAGAUGCGAGCUUUGUAAAGUCGUGUCAGAGCAUGUGGAAGAUGUUGUGUAUCUUUUGGGAAGAUCCUGAUGGUUUGUUCCCGAAUGAUUCCAAGAGGACGAAUGGUGCACGGAUGCAAAAGGAUAAAGUAAAGAGGUUGUUUGGCGAGGUUUUGGUAUUUCUUGAAAGGCAUCGUGGGAAUUCUGAGCACCAUGAGCAGCUGUAUACAGAAGCAUUAACUGCUCUCGCAACCAAAAUGAAUAGUGCCAGUAACAAUCAAUCAACACCACAACCGCAACUACCAUCGUCAAUCAAAACUCGCGAUAAUGAAGUUAUGGUUGAUGUUGCAAUGUCUGAAAUGGAACGACAACAGAGCAUGACAUAUCGUGAAAAGCAAGAACUGGCAAACCCGAAUCCAACGCAGUUAGAUACUCCAGCAUCAUCGCCACCUCAACAACAACCAGUACGAGGUCCAGGGUUUAUAGGCCGAGGCGGUCCCCAAGCACCAAUGACCGUCUUCCCAUCCUAUCUAAUAGUCAAGCCACCUGCAAUAUCACCAGCAGACUCCGACUUGAACGCUAGAGCCGUGUGGGGUAAAGAAGGGGGUCGAGGAUGGAUGUAUUGGGCAAACUUGGAAGAUUCUCGACGCCACGAUUUGAAACGGAAGUAUGAUAAGCUUGAAGAACGGGAAUUUGAAGGGUUUGGUGGUAUGAAUUAUAAGAGUGGAGCCGAGUAUGGAGAUUCUGGGGUGUCAAAGAGAGGAGGAUUUGUUAAGAGGCUGGGGAAUCGGAAGGGGGUUGAUGGGGUUGUUGAUUAUGUUUUAUUUGAGUGA